AAAUUGUUUCAGCGAAAUUCGCUAUUUAACCAAAUUUAAUGGACGUGAGAGCGAGCGUGAACUUAUUAGAAUAAACGUGGACGUUCGAGAGACUGUGCGUUCUAAUCGGUGAAUCUUCCAAUAACCCGUAACGAAAAUGAGUGAACUCGUUUGGGGUAUAAAAAAUGGUGAUUUGGAGCAAGUGCGGGAUAUCGUUGAGAAUAAGAAUAUUGACGUUAAUCAAAUGAUUGAUGGGAGGACACCACUGCAUUAUGCAGCUGAUUAUGGUCAGAGUGAAGUCGUCAGAUACCUCUUGGAAAAGGGUGCAAAUGCAAAUGCUACAGACAAGCAUGGUAUAACAACAUUAUUAGCAGCAAUUUGGGAAGGACAUACAAAUUGUGUAAAAUUGUUAUUAGAAAAAGGAGCUAAACCAGAUGGUCUAACACCAGAUGGAAUGAGUUAUUUGGAUGCUGCCGAGAAAGAUGAGAUUAAACAGCUGCUUAAUCUUCACUAGCACAAAGCCGACCAAAACACAGAGCGAUAAUUUUGUUAUUUUAGUAUUUUAAUGUUCCUCAUAGGAGUAUCACCAUUGCUUUCUCUUAAUUUUCUUGCAUAUGACUAGACUAUCGUAUUUAUGCACUUUGAAUUAAAAGAUAUAGGUACACAAAUGUAGUUUUAUAAUAAUAUAUCGCACAUUUGGAGUGUAUAAUCAUGAACUCAUAGUCUUACACAGUUAUACUUAGGAAUUUCGAAGUAUAUAUAAUUUCAGCUUUAAA